AUGGCAAAUCACGUAGCACGUUUCAUAGAGAGAUGUAUGAUUCGUAAAUGCGUAACGCAUAAUACUUUGAAAUUUGUCGAUGUGCUAUGGAUUUCUAAAAGACGAUAUGCUUCUGCAUUAUUUAUUUCAAACAUUAAUGGCAAAGAAUAUUAUUCAUUUAUACAACCGUAUAUAGAUUUUGAUAAAAGAUUAACAGAUACCGAAAAGUUACAGCAAGAUUUGGCAGCGCGGAAAUUAAAUUUGAACGCUAAGGAUGUUAAAAGUAUGUGGGACUUUUACAGUUGUGUGCAUACGAAUAAAUCUAAAUUAGAACAGAGAAGCCAAGAGAUAUCGGACAAACUAGUUCCUCUUUUUGAAAAAAAAGAAAGUUUAACCGCAGAGGAACAAGCGGAAUUUACAAAAUUAAAAUUGCAAGUAUCAGCAGUAAAGCACGACUUGAGAAUGAUUAAAGAUGCCUUAGAGACUUUAAAGGAAAGUAUUUUGCAAAAAAUGUUUGAAUUACCAAAUGAAUUAGACGGAAAGACACCGGUCCAGGGUCCUAUCGUAUUAAAACGCGUUAAUUCUUUAAACGAACGUCCACACCCGGAUAAGAAGAAUCACAUCGAAAUUGGAAGACAUCUCGGUUUGUUGGAGUAUAGAAAUCCGAUGCAGUACUAUUUAUGUAACGACGCAGCUCUUUUUGAACUUGGUAUAUUAAGCUACGCUGGAAAAAUACUUGGCGCGGAUAAUAUGAUCAGAGUAGCGGGCGCAGAUUUUAGUCGUAGCUUGAUAAUAGACGGCUCUGGUUUAAAUCACGAAGAUCCUGCGGAUGCUUUUAUAAUAGACAAUUAUAGCGAAGUAGACAAAGAUUCGCCGAAUCGUAUGCACCUUGUUGGAGGUGCAAGUUUAUUUUCAUUUUUGGCAAUGCACGCAAAGCAGUUAAUAGAUCCACGUCAUUUUCCAGUAGCAUAUUUUUCCACUGGAAGGCAAUACACCCCUUUUCGAGCAGGUUCUAUCCCAAUUGGUUUGUUCACUGUUUGUCAAGCUUCAGCCGCACUUGCAUUUAUAUUGGUAAAGGAUGGGAAAAGUAAAGAGUAUCAUACGCAAUUUGAAAGAUUGUUAAACACUGUAUGCAAGUUGUACGAUAACGUGUGCGAUCAUUAUCAAAUUGUGCUGAGGUCAUCUUCAGAAUUGCGGCCUUGGGAAUCAAUGCGCGUAUCUUUCGAACUGUGGUCUCCCUUCUCGAGACAAUACAUCGAAGUUGGUCAUAUAUCCGUGUACGGUGAAUAUUUUAGUAAAAGAUUACAGAUUAUGUAUCGGUCGGUAGAUGGGCCAUCCUUCCCUUCCGUGAUAUCUGGCACUGUAUUGUCGGUACCACGGCUUCUAGGAUGCUUAUUGGAACAAAAUCCAGAUAAAUUUGUUAUUCCACAGAAAAUCUUAGAACAUAUGCCUGCAGAUAAUACUUGUCUCUAAAUUUAGGAAAUGUAUUUCUAAAAUACUUGCAAGUGUCUUACACCAUGACUUCCGCAUACUUUUUGAUGUUUGUCGUUUCUAGCAUAUUUUGUUUAUAUUUAUAGUGUUAUAUUGUAUCAUAUAUAUUAUAUAUGUGUAGUAUUAUAUAUAUAUAUAUAUAUAUAUAUAUAUAUAUAUAUAUAUAUAUUUCUCUUUUUCCUUUUGGCGAAAUAAAUAUAUUUGUGAAUGGGAAUAGGAAAGGAAAUAAAUUUUGAUUUAAUCAAAAACAUCUAAGAAAGUCGUGUAAAUAUCCGUAUGGUUGUUUACUUUGUCUGGUUGUUUAUUUUUAUAGUUACCUAUAAAUGCUCGAAACAUCAUACAUUUAUACGUGUUUGGAGGUAAUAUUAAAAGUCGGAAUGCUUUUGUCUUUCGUUUGGAAAAUUUUAUAUCAAUCUGUAUGUUGGGUCGCGUACACGUUAUUUCCGUCGAAAACUCAAAAGAUCAAUAUAUAACAUGGUUUUACAAUUUGGAGAAUUACCGGUACGAGUAAGAAAAAUUGUGUAUUAUACCUUGUGCGCAACGCAUCAAAGAUUUUGGGCAAAAUCCAU